UGUGUGUGUGUGUGUGUGUGGGUGGGUGCGAUAAAAAUGGAAUGGUCAGCACUUUUGUUCCCAUGAUUAAUGAAAUUGAGCGAUUUUCUCUGUCUCUCUGCCUGACUUCAGUUAACUAUCGUUGGAUAAAUGAUAUUCUUUCAGGAGAUUCAGAUUACAGUCAGAUAGUUAAGACUAAAAAUUACUUCUCAAAAAAGAAAAGAAAAAGUGAUAUAUUUUAGUGGUUCAAACAAAGUGUAUUUUAGUUGUUUAGCUAUUAGCCUCAUAUUAGCCUCAUAUUAGCCUCAUAUUAGCCUGGUCUGUUUUUGGUCUGAUCAAUAAAGUUGAGUCAAAGCUAAAUGAUAGCUCAUGCUAACAGCUGUAAACAGAGUCUGGUUCUGUGUCAGCCUGUCAGGUCUGCUGUGUGGGGUAAUCUGUGUGAUCACAGUCACCUGUGUCUGUAAUUAGCCUCACUCCUGUCACCUGGUGCUCCCUGUAUAUAUACCUCUCUCCUUCACGCGGGCCUGGUUGGAUCAGUGUAAGUUAGUGACUGUCUGUGUGAGCACUGUGUGGUUGUGUCGAGCUUUUUGUUGUAGCUGUUCCUAGUUUGUUCCUGAGCAAGUCUGUAGCUGUGCCCAACUCUGUUCGUGUUCUCAGCUCUGCUCGACUUUGCGUAUGUUUUUGUCCUGUUUUUUGGAAUUUAGAAUCUUCAAAUAAACCGACGUGACGCAGCCUGAAUUUAUUCACUCGCUCUUCUCACCGUGGAGAACAUCGAUCGUGAUUCACUCCGUCAGAUUUUCUCUCCGUCAACAGCGGAAGCUUCUUCAUACAAUAAUGAGCUCGGCCGCAGCAGAAAAUCAAUUUCAACAACAGCAAUUACGCUGCAGAUCGUUGAGGUUACAAGACAAACGCACACCUGUGAGACGCCCAGACCAACAAGUCACGUUCUCCUCAGUCUUAACGUCUCUAACGAACAACUCUCUUUUUCUCCCCAGUUCCUUUCCCGACUCCAAAGAACAGUAUCCAGAUUUUCCCUUCAAGAAUGGAGGCAUGGCGGGGGCCAUUGAGCUGAAACGGCCUGUGGGGGCGCACUGUCAUGGAACCAAAGCCGUGGUGCAUGAGGAGAGCGUGGACAGGCUUCUGGCCCAGAAGAAACUCUACAUCGCCUCGGGCGUCUGCCUCAUCUUCAUGAUCGGAGAGGUCGUAGGAGGCUACCUGGCCCACAGCCUGGCCAUCAUGACAGAUGCUGCCCACCUUCUGACAGACUUCGGCAGCAUGAUGGUGAGCCUGUUCUCCCUGUGGAUCUCCUCCAGACCACCCACCAAGACCAUGAACUUUGGCUGGCACAGAUCAGAGAUCCUGGGAGCCUUCAUCUCCGUCAUGUCCAUCUGGAUCGUCACAGGAGUUCUGGUCUAUCUGGCCGUCGAGAGGAUCGUACGCAACGACUACGAGAUCGAUGGCCACGUGAUGCUAGUGACCUCCGGCUGUGCCGUCAUCGUCAACAUCAUAAUGGCCUACAUCCUGCACCACUCCACCACCUUCCACGCUCACGGCAGUGGCUACCGCCACAUUGACGAGGACGGUCGGAGUCCCGUCAAUCACAGCCACGCGCUCCUCAGCGGCCACGGCAACACCAGCGUACGCGCCGCCUUCAUCCACGUGGUGGGGGAUCUGCUGCAGAGCGUCGGCGUCAUGGUGGCGGCGACAAUCAUCUUCUUUCGGCCAGAAUACAAAGUAGCGGAUCCCAUCUGCACCUUCCUGUUCUCUGUCUUUGUCCUGUGCACCACCCUGACCAUCCUCAGAGACGUCUUCAGGAUACUCAUGGAAGGGUCUCCUAAAGGGAUCGAGUUCAACUCAGUGAAGGAGGUGCUGCUCUCUGUCAAGGCCGUCAAGUCCAUGCACUCUCUCCAUCUCUGGGCCCUGACUCUGGGUCAGGCGCUGGUCUCUGUUCACCUGGCCGUAGAAGAGGGCGCCGAUCCCCAGUCCGUGCUGCACGAGGCCACUGAACUGCUCCACACCAAAUUUGGUUUCCACAGCAUCACCAUCCAGGUGGAGCUCUACUCUGAAGACAUGAGCCACUGCUCCCACUGCCAGGACCCCAGUGACUGAUCUGAAACCGGACUGAUCUGGACUGGACUGGACCCACAACCACAAGGGAGGGGCUAAAACGCACUCUGUGGGUUGAGACGUGUUUUAUUUGUGCACUUUUUGUUUUUGUGUUGGCAGAAAAAUCCUCCAUGUGUCCGUUUGUCCAGAGUUGAUUUUGACGCGUCAUGAUGCGAAGAAAGGAGAUUAAAAAAUCAGUUCCAGUCUUUGGUCAAACUGUCCCUUCAUGAAGAUUAAAGUUAAUAUUUAGCAAAGAAGCAACGGAUGUCGUUAAAAUUGUUAGCAUUCAGUAUCAGCUUAGCAACCAACCACUGGCUUAAUGAGUGCUUAAUUACCAGACUCUGAAAUCUCACCACUAGAUGUCACUCUCUCUUAAACAUUAGCUCUAUUUAAGUAUUUUAGUAGCCCGUUACAUUAGCUACUCCAAGCUACUGUGGUUUAGCUAAUGUUUAGUAUGUAACUAAAGACACAAAGCUAAAAAUUAGAGAAACUGGAGGCAGCUAUGCUACACUACUGUUAAGCAUUAACUUUACGAUAAUUGCUAAGCUAAUACUUAACCUGUUUUCAAAACUGAAGACAACGUGAAAGGGUUUUCGGGGGUUUUUUUUCCCCUAAGGUGGACCGUUAGAGGCUGAUCGAUCACUGGUGUCCAGUCCGUCCGAGUCAGUGACCACUGCUGGACCAAAACACUGCCUGAUUUUUAGACCUUCAUGUAAACGUCCAACAACUGCCAGACACAGAGGCACAUCAAGGUCGUAAACACAACGUCAUUGUUCAUCUAGGAUUAAAAACCAUAAUCCUCUGCUUAGGUGUGCUGGUACGCAGCGUCCCACUGGGACAUGUGGACCAUGUUGAUGUGGGUUCUGUUCUGCUGGUUUUCUUACACUGUCAGUUUGACGUCAGCUUUGCCUGCAGACGUGGAAGUCUGAGCCUCUACCGAUGUUUUACAAAACCAAAUAUAGUAGUUUGUGUGAGUUCAAACUGUUACUUCUUCUGUUGACGUGGGGGGGGGGGGG